UGAUUUUGCAUUUCCAGGGGGGAGAACUGUUUGCAAACAAAACAGUUCUCCUCCCUGUCAGCUUCUGCACACUGCUUUGAAUGGAUGUGCACAGCACAGCCAUUCAAAACAGUGUGCUUACAGUGAAGCACACAGAUACAGCCCAAAGUAAAACAGCACACAGCACACGGUUAACCCUUUCAUCGCCCCACAUAUUAACCCCUUCCUGCCCAGUGCCAUUAGUACAGUGUCAGUGCUUUUUAUUAGCACUGAUCACUGUAUUGGUCUCACUGGGGAUGUCAGUGACACCAAGUCAGUUCCCACCCAGUGUCAGAAUGCCCGCUUUAAUCCCGCUGUCA